CCCUGAAACUUUCAAGGAAAUAAUUCAUAGCCACAGGAGGGUCAUUGGAGAUUCUGAGGGGGAGGGGUAGGAGGUUUACAGAAGGCAAAGACUUGGGGAAAGUAUGUGAUGUAUGGAGCUUAAUAUUCAAGACAGGCUUAAUUUGUGAAUAGGUUCAAACCAUGAAACCUUGUAUGGGAGGGGUGUGGCUAUUUUCUGGAACAACAGAAUUUAUUAUCACAUGUGAUUGUAGGAUGGUCCAUGCCAUAACGUUGUCAAGAUAAUGUUACCAUUCAAUGAGAGAAUCUUUCUCUGCUGGACUGGAAAUCAAAUGACUGGCUGUGCUUGGAGAAAUAGGACAAACUUAAGUGAUGUUCCAGGCAGCGAUACAAAAGGAAAUGUAUUCACAUCUGAAGUGGAAUAUUCCAGCAGUCCAGAUCAGAAUGACACGGCUAUCAUAAAAGAACAUGGGACAAUCUUUACAGGCACAAUAAACCCGUAUUCAGGAAAACCAAUGAUUUACAGCAGAAGUUUACAACCCGGACGUUCUAAGGUCUUCACAUCCUUGCUGGAUCAAAGUGACUUCUACACAGAUGUGCACUUUGUAAAAAGUUUCAACAUUGGGCAUUAUAUUUACUUCUUUUUCCGUGAACGUACGUUGGAAUGCUCCAGCUGUGGAAAGUUCAAAAUCUCUAGAGUGGCCAGGAUUUGUAAGGGAGACUACGGCGGUCAGCUUGGCCUUAGGAAAAAAUUUGUCACCUUUCAGAAGGCGAAACUGAUUUGUUCAGAUGGAGCAGAUUUUCCAUUGAAUUUCAACGAAAUCCAGGAUGUUUGGUGGGAAGAACAGGCCAACUCAUUCUAUACCAUUUUUCAUUCUCAUCCCAAUGGACCCCCAUCAUCAGCUAUUUGUAUGUACGAUCUGUCUGACAUCAAUCAAGUUUUUGAUGAAAGCCCUUUCAAGUCAUUUGAUAAUCAAGAGAAACAGUGGAUCACGGUACAAAACAAUCACAAGGAGUAUUUCAAGGAUUGUAAAGUGAAUCAAAAGUAUAUUGAUCCGACUAGCAGUGCAAGUGUUCCAGAUGGAAUGAUGGCGACAAAGAAAAUGAAAUUCAGUGUGUAUCGAGAGUUGAUGCAUGAUCCACUCAUGGAAGAUCCAGUACAACCCAUUAGUUUUGACGCCCAGUCUCAGAAAGUGUCAAGAGCUUUGUUCAUUAAGGAUGGAAUCAGGUCAGUGAUGGUUGCUGUCUUGAAAUUAUAUUGUAUCAAGAGAAGAUGUAGGGUAAUAAAAUUAAUCACCCUCUCAAGAUAUGGUGACAAGAAAGAAGUCAUCAAAGCAGUCACGAUUGAUACCACCCGGCAUGUUCUCUACUUGGGUUCAAAUACAGCGCUUACAAAGCUGAGUUUAGAACAAUGCAGUAGUUACGAUCGUCACAGUUCUUGUACAUCUGCGGCUGAUCCUUACUGCGCAUGGGACGAUGAAACAAACCGCUGUGUUUCAAUUCUUUCUCAUGGAGACCUAAGCAAACUGAGACAAGACUUGAGUACUUGCCCGAAGAUGGCAGAUGAAGACGUUGAGUGGUCUCCCUGGAAAACCUGCAUCCAGAGUGAUGGUAAUCUAUGCCGUUGUCAAGUGCGGCCAUGUCAGAACAAACAAAACAGUUCCUGUGAGGGUGGAUAUGAGUUCCGACUUGAAAACUGUACAGUGGAUGUGAGUGUAGGGUGGGAGGGCAAAGAAGCAUGGGAAUUGUUUGGAGUACAGCAUGGUAACUGGAGUGUGUGGGAAACUUGGACCGAGUGUUCAGCGGAGGCAUGGGCCGGAGUGAGACAUCGGACACGAACAUGUACGAACCCAGUCCCCAGGAGGGGAGGUAGACCAUGUGUGGGGCAGUCAGUGCAGUAUGAGCCCUGCAGUUUAGGAUUAGAAGUGAAGGAAAAACGCGUGUCGACAAAUCCAACAAGAGUUUUGAACCCAAAAGUGAACAUGGCCGUGCAGUUCAAUGUGGCGUGUGAAGCCACGGGACAUAAAAUAACUGACAUACGUGUGCAGAUAUCAAACAAGACCAUUGAUUGUGAGAGAGAACCCAAACUCUGCGGAGAUGGUGAGUGGGACAGGUGGAGCGAUUGGGGUCAGUGUACUGUGGAGGGAUUUCAGAUUAGAAGAAGGGAAUGUAAAACAGAGCCUUGUGUCGGGGAAAGGGUGCAAGAAAAAAAAUGCCAACCGACGAUAUCUGAGAACUGCAAAGGUGACGGGGAUGAGAGCUUGGAAGACUGGGCUGAAUGGUCUGCUUGCGAGUGCAAGCACAAACUUGAGCUACCUGAGGGGAGUGGUGUAAGGUCUCGGAUUCCCAAGUGCCGCAGGGAUUGUCCCACUGUAUCAUCUUGUCCCGAUACUGUUCAGUAUGAAACUUGCAUUUGUAAUUCUGCAGUGGAAAUGCAACGUGGACCAGAAACCAAUGAGGGAUCAAACCUGCAAAUAGGUCACGUGAUCGGAGCGGCGGUAGCUGGCUGUGUGCUUACCAUCAUUCUAUUUCUUGGGGCAUUUUGUUACAUCAAGAAUCGAAAUAAAAAGUUCGAUGUUUCCAAAGCCGAAGAAACCAGCCUUCACAACACCUCUAGCGAAAGUAAAUACUCGACGAUUGCUAGAGGGAACGGUGUUCCGAACAGAGGCCCGCUUUCCACAUCCAGCAGCCACAGUACAGCAAGUAAGGACAGUGUUAAGAACACGAGUAGAAAGACGUCAUCACCUCUAAAGAUGCUUCGAGUAUUCCGGAAACAUCAUAGCUCCGCGGAAGCAGUAUAGUACCUAGGAGGGGUGGGGAGGGGGUGAGGGUGGCGUGUUACUAGGCUUGGUACUAGGCGUGUUACGUGCUGGCUUGUUAUAAAUCUUCCAGCAGAGUUUCCUAAGGGUAUCGCUGUAGACAAGCCAUAAAGUCAAUAGUCCUCCGAAAGGCUUCAAUCCGAGGUCGCUGCAUAACCCAACCAUCAGCGCAGUAUCUCACUGCAAAAUGUUAAAAAGAUUUGAAGAUAACGAAGCAGAUUAAGAGGCCUUGAGGACGCAUGUUCAGUAAGCUACGAAUCGACGUUAAUGUAAAUAUGCUUUAGAGUUGUAAAUACUACAGUGUUCAUGAGUAUUUUGUUAACGUUUGUUGGAGGUACUUCCGGAUCGUAAUUAUGCUGAAGAACACCUCUCGCUUUUGGGAGAAAGAGAAAAUACCAGAUUUGCUACAAGUUGUCGCGCAAGCUGUUACACUUUUGAGGAUCGACGUCACGGGAUUUGUUUUGCAUUUUUGGUUGAAAUAACUUCGCUGAAGAUCAGAGAUAUUCUUGUGCAGUAAACUGUAACUGCGCAAUACCAGGCCUCCCACAGGUCAUUACGCUUGCAUGUUACAGUUCUGUGGCUCCAAGUCACGAAACGUGGCACGCAACAUGUUGGGUAAUGUUGGGUUAUUCUUCGUGGAAGAUACAUCUCUCAAUUUUGAGGACUUCAGUCAUCUUUCGUUACUUCUUCCAAGUUUGUUUGUCUUUCAAGUACCUCCUACAGGGGUUAACAAGUUGCACGAAGAUAAUCUGGUCAUUCGUGACUUUGCAUCUAACUCGUUGUAUUAACUGCGUUUUUAGAGGGACUAUAUACAUAUUUAUUCAACUAUUUAUUAUGUAGAUAGAGGUGUUAGGUUUGUUUUAAGGAGAAAGUAGAAUUUUCUCUGUUAAUUUCGCCAUAUGUAGUUGUAUAUAUGACGGUAAAUUGGUUAUAUUUUAUAAAGUAAGUCAUAAACUGAAUAAGGUCUGAAAACACCGGCAACACUCUAGGUCGUUAUCCGUUAUUUCCUCACGUGACCAGCUCACCCUCAGAACAAAAUUAACAGGAUCGGAGAUUAACAAGAAUGGAAAAAUCAAGUUUCAUCAUCAUCUUUGUAAGGUCACUAAGAACCGGUUAGGCAUCACACCAACCACUUACAAAAUCUUAGUGGUAUAGAGGUUUUAAUAUCCCCUCCAAAAAAUGUGUUCAAAUAUCCUAAAAUCUGACAUGACCUCAGCUGGCUUAAAAAUCUUUGUUUUAGCUAAUUUACUGAUGCUAUUUCUUUAGUCUUUCUGCUGUGUUUGCCGAAACAGUAACAUGUAAGUUACGAUGGAUCAACAGAGCUACCUGUUGAGAUAUUUGUGUAAACUUCUUAACAGUUAACCGUUCUGCAAUAUUUCCAUGUACAUUGUCUGUAGAUAGCGUAAAGCAUGGAGCAGGUCACGUGACGAAUUGAUGCAAAACGCAUCCAACGUAAGUUAACAUAUUGUUAAUUGUUUAUUUCUUGUAUAGGGGACAAAAUAUCAAGGACAAGAUGAUUUUGUAUUGGUUUUGAUUAAGUUAUAGCAUUUUAUUUUUAUAGAAAAACAUUGACACGGGGCACGAGGCACGGUCAUCUAAUUUAUAUAAUGAUUUCGAGGCUCAAAAAAGUUCCGAGUCAAUACGAAACACUAAAAAUUGGUCUUAUUUUGUAGAAAAGCACUCGAGAUUUAACCUAAAUACAAUGAGAAAUAUGUAUGACUAGAAAUGGCCAUUAUUAUAUUAUGUAAAGCUUGGAAAACGUUCUGCUCAUUCAGGACGCAUCACUCGGUUGCAUUUAAAAGUUGCUAGUAAACUUUCUUUGAAAUGUUGAUUUAAUCGUUUUCUGUUAUUUAAUAAGCGUUUAUACAAUUUUUUUAGAAUAAAUUAAACAUUGCCUGCGUUAUUACAUUUUUGGAUGACAUUGCUCCUCGACAGAUGUUUUUUUUUGUUUUCAUAAUUAAUUAUGCUAUUCGUUACGGUAUGGAGUCAAAAUGCAUAUAUACGUUACUUAGUAAUUCUCGUUUGGUUAUUGUUUCUCUGUUACUGUAGUCUAGAUUGCGUUCUGCAACAGUCUUUUUCGGAGCCGUUAUUUAGGUGAUCACUGAGAAACGUUACAUGAUGACCUAAUUCCAGGGAGGAACUGCCAUAUGAUAGGGUCGGAGAUGCUCGUCAGAAAAUUUGAAUUAAAACCGCUAAAGGAGACACGAGCUAUAUUUCACCCCCAAAAGAUACCACGUAAAACGGAGGUAGGCCCGAGUAACAGCCACUGUUCAGGAAAGGAAGCCGCGCGAGUAGACCUGAAGUGAGACGAGAAUCCUUGAUUUCUACCCCUAAGCGAGACGAAGAGCAUCCCCGACCUUUUCAUGGGGGAGUCCCCCCCGGCGCCUAAAUAAGGGACUAGUUCUGUAUGACUGUUUUAAUUUACCCUGAAUUGUUUUCAAUAAAAGCCGCUGAAUGAA